GGCGGUGGAUAUGAUUAAUACUACUCUCAAGUCAUCCACUUUCAUCACUCUUCUAACUUCCCCAACCAAAUUGAUAAAUUUCAUCUCGGGUCAAGAAAUGGGUCGGGUAUUUUUGGUGGAGCUGGAGGGACGGACUUACAAAUGCAAGUUCUGCAAAACCAACUUAGCUCUCGCCGAGAAUGUUGUCUCCCGGGGUUUCCAUUGCCGCAGAGGAAAAGCUUACCUUUUCAGCAAUGUGGUGAAUGUGACAGCUGGACCGAUUGAGGAAAGGAUGAUGCUAUCAGGAUUGCAUACCGUUACAGAUGUGUAUUGCGUAUGCUGUGGACAAAUUGUUGGCUGGAAAUAUGAGACUGCACAUGAACAAUCCCAGAAGUAUAAAGAAGGCAAAUUUGUUCUUGAAAGAGGAAGAAUCAUCGACGGGCUUGAUUCAGAAUUUUACAUCGAUACACGCCCGAGUUCAAGUGAUGCUGAGGAAGCCUGAUGGUUAACUGUAGUAAGGUAGUGAUGUAUGUAAAGAAUAAAUGGUGUAAGAUAAUGGAAAGAUGUAUUGUAGGAUCUUGUGUUGGAUAACAUAAGUGAUGUGCCAUGUUCUCUCUAUCUACCUCUGUUUUUUCAA